CUUCCUAACAUUCACAUACGAAUUUAUUCAUUAGCAGGUCCAUUCUUUCACAAUGGUACUUAAAAAAGGUUUUUGACUGGAGCAUUGGGGCUACAAUUAACGAUAGUACUACAGCGGAGGAUGACGUCGACUAAAGUUGCAUACGCAAACUACUUUUUGAGCAGGAGCAGCAACUUGUUCAGUGUGUAUUUUCAAUCCACCAGAAGAGAGAGAUACACCAUCAAAGCAUCGAGGGGAAAGGAGGAGAAGAAUAAUUGCUAUCAGAAAGGACAUGAAGCCCUAAAAUUACUGUAUUCCUAAUACUGAUGUUUCUGCUAAUUUCAUGGGCUAGUUUAACGGAUACGACGAUUUUCCUUCAUACAGCUAUGGCGGCAUGGGAUCUCGUAGUGGAGCAUUCAAUGAACAAUACCGAUGCUAUUCGGUAGCAAUGAUGCAAGGGAACGAACGUCAGAAUGUUAACCAUGGUGGCAAAAUUAUCUUGCCCCAGUCUGCCUUAGCAAAGCUUGCAUCACUUCAUAUUCAAUACCCAAUGCUGUUCGAGCUUUCACGUGGGUCCCACUCUACACAUGCUGGUGUCCUUGAGUUCAUUGCUGAGGAAGGACGUGUGUACUUGCCACACUGGAUGAUGAAAACACUUACACUAUCGGAAGGCGAUCUGGUCACGGUCAAGAGCGUAGAGCUUCCACUUGGAAGCUUUGUCAAGAUCCAGCCACAGAGCGUUGAUUUUCUGGACAUUAGUGAUCCUAAGGCAGUGCUUGAAAACGCGUUGCGGAACUUCUCGACGUUAACUGUAGGCGACAACAUUGAAAUAUCAUAUAAUGACAAGAUCUACGGGAUUCUUGUCAUGGAGAUCAGGCCUCCAAGUGUCGGCAUCUCAAUUGUGGAAACUGAUCUAGAGGUUGACUUUGCACCGCCAGUUGGAUACCAAGAGCCUACACCUGUCCCGAGAGGCCGGCCUAUUAUGAUAAGACAAAUAACUUCAUUAUAUAAUCUCGCGUGAAAAUGUAAUUACAGGAGAGUAAGCUUAGAAGAGAGGUUGAACAACGAAUGGCAACGCCUGAUAGUACCAGCAGAUCGCCCUUCGAAGGUCAAGGUCAACGGCUCAGUGGAUCAACUAACAAAAGGUAUUAGUUUUAUUUAUUUAUUUCUGGAUAUUUCUGGUAUUUUAAAUGGAUUGUUGAAUAACACUAAGCAAAU